AUGACCAAGACAAUUAAAAAACUUACAAAGCGGCUUUUAGAGACUAAACCGCACAAGUUUACUGCUGGUUUUGUUGAUGCAGAGGCUAUAUCUUCAGCAUUUGACAACGAAGGUAGCACCAUUGUAUUAAGUGGCUGUAUGGAAGUGAAGGUGGUGGGUGUGAGCAAGAUCAACAAUGCAGUCGAGGAUUUUGUUGGCGAUGACAAGUUGGGCCCCAAAAAAGUCGACACCUCCAUAACCAGCAUCAACCAUCUGCUUCUCUCUCCAAUCUUCAAGAUGCACAAGUCCUGGUUGCAAAUAUUGCAACAAAGCUGCAACAAACAACAGCUGCAUCUCUCACACACACCUGCCGCCACCGUUCUCACUGUGUUCUUCACUGCAGGAUUUGCAAAGUAUUUGUCAACAACGCAGCGUCGGCACAAGCAAGAAUUAAUAAAGAUAUCCAUCUCCACCAUCUCGAGCUCUGCAACUGGAAGAUUGGCCAGUAGGAUUUUGGUCCUAGACUCGGAGCUGGAUGCCAACUCAAGGUGA